CUCAGUUUGCAGAAGAUUUCACAGAACUCGAGAGCGAAGCUAUGGAGUCCAUCAACAAGGUCAGUAAAUCCUGGUGCGUCCUGGUCCUGGUUCUGCUCUGCUCAUUGGCGUUGAGGUCAGACAGCGCCCCCGACUGUUGCCGGCAGAAGACAUGCUCCUGCAGGUUGUACGAACUUCUUCGUGGCUCCGGCAAUCACGCUGCCGGGAUCCUGACCCUGGGGAAGAGGAAGAGCAACGCUCAGUCCCUACAGUCCCGUCUUCAGAGGUUACUACAAGGCUCAGCCAACCAGGCAGCCGGCAUCCUCACCAUGGGGAAGAGAGACGAAGAGACGCCAGCAGGAUGCUGCGCGGACGACCAAUGGAUAAGCCGCUUCAACACGCAGCCCCCGCAAUCCUUGUGCCCCACGUGGAUGGGGUUAGCCAACACUAGCAAAGGUUCUGCCUGCCAAAAAAGCCCAAACCAACAUGUAGCAGGGACUAUGUAAGCCAGUGGUCUCCAAACUAUGGACCUCCAGAUGUUGCGGAACUACAACUCCCAGCAUGCCCGGACAUUACCAUGACAUUUGCAUACUCAACGUAUGUGUGUAUAUAAGUGUAUAUGUAUGUUCCAGCAUAACUACGAACGGCUGGAGACAUUUAGAUUAAACUUGGUAAACGUCUUAUAGGGCGAAUAAAAAUAUAGAAGAGUUUAGGGAUGUCCCGAUACUGAGAGUAAAACAGCCGGACAGUUAAAUCAUACUUUACCAUAACGUUGGUCUGACGGCAGGAUGUUUAAAAAGCCCGGGCAAUCUCAGCAGUCUCAGCAGUAUGAGAUGUACCAGAAAUCCAUUAGAUUUACAUGGGACUUCUGAUACAUUAUCUGAUCACAUUACUCUCGGCUGCGGAGAUUGCCUGGGAAUUUUAAACAACCGGCCGCCAGACCUACAUCAUGAUAAUGUAUGAUUGACUGGUCCGGGCUCCAUUGUUUUACUCACAGUAUCAGAACAUCCCUAAACUCUACUAUAAAUAGCGGAACCCAGACAGAUAAAUCAUACUUUACCAUGACGUUGGUCUGACAGCAAGAUAGUUAAAAUUCCCGGGCAAUCUCAGCAACCAAGAGUAACAUGAUUAAAUAUUGUACCAGAAGUCCCAUGCAAGUCUAAUGGAUUUUUUGGACAUCUCCUAAUCGUGUUACUCUUGGACUGCAGAGAUUGCCUGGGAGUUUAAAACAGUCUAUCGAUGGACCAAUGUCCUGGUAAAGUAUGAUUUAACUGUCUGGCAGGCAGUUAGUUAAAAAUGAGGGCAGGGAGAGGGUAUUUAUAGCAGGAUGAGAGAGGGAAAGAGGUAAGAGUAGGGGGCGGGAGAAGCCAUCAGUGCGGGAGCAGCAAGAGGGCAUGGAGUGAGGAGUACAGGGAGGAUGAGCAGCCUAUCGCUGCUAAAGCUUCAGGAGACUGGGAAAGCUUGGUGGCCCGCAUUAUGUACUGAUUACGGACAUGCAGGAAAACAUUAGUAUAACGUUAUGAUCUAAUACUGGGAAUGCUCUUUUGUAUAUAAAGAUGGAUAUAAUGUUUUUUUUCCCCCCAUGAAUUUAUUGCAAAUAAAGUCAUACU